AAGGAGAGGAGGAAAGACCUUACGUCAGCCGACGCUUUAAUAGGCCGUCGGCCCGCGUGCCGACUCACACGGAGGCGCGAGGGGGUGACAGCGACGGGCCGAGGAUGUAGCGCGACUGCACGUUUGGAGCGGGACUAAUUUUGGAUUCAAUGCCUUUGCAGUUCGUCGCCAGUGAUGAGUUGGCUCCUGUUGUGGAUUCUAACAGCAGCCGGGAUUCAACAGGCCUUCUCCCAGAAUGCCACCGCACCCGCGCCCCCCGCUGGGGACCCGCACGCCCGCACGCCGUACUGCAAGUGGCCGUGCGAGUGCCCCGCGCCGGCCCCCGCCUGCCCGCCGGGCGUGAGCCUCCUCAUGGACGGCUGUGACUGCUGCAAGGCGUGCGCGCGGCAGGUGGGCCAGGAGUGCAACGAGGCCGACACCUGCGACUACCACAAGGGCCUCUACUGCGACUACAGCGCCGACGCGCCUAGGUACGAAAAGGGAGUGUGUGCAUACAUGGUGGGGACGGGCUGCGAGCACGACGGCGUCAUCUACCGCAACGGCGAGAGCUUCAAGCCCAGCUGCAAGUACCAGUGCCUGUGCGUGAACGGCGCCAUCGGCUGCGUGGCGCUGUGCACCGAGUCCCGGCCGCCCCGCGUGUGGUGCCCGACGCCGCGCCGCGUCAAGGUCCGCGGGCAGUGCUGCGAGAGGUGGAUCUGCGAGGAGCCCAGGAGGGGGCGCAAGACGGCGCCGCGGCACGCCGUCGAGACUUUACCGGCCGACACCGGGAGUUGGCACGAGAACUGCAUUACCCAGACUACCUCAUGGAGCCCCUGCUCCAAGACGUGCGGCCGCGGCCUGUCCUUGAGGAUCUCCAACGCCAACGAGCGCUGCGAGCUGCUCAAGGAGUCCCGCCUCUGCAACCUGCGUCCCUGUGAGGUCGACAUCACCAAGCACAUCAAGCCGGGAAAGAAAUGCCUGAACAUCUACAGGGAGGAUCGGCCCUUCAACCUCACCAUCUCGGGCUGCACCAGCAAGAAGCAGUACCGGCCCAAGUACUGCGGGGUCUGCGUGGACGAGCGCUGCUGCAUCCCCUACAAGUCCAAGACGGUGGACGUGGAGUUCGAGUGUCCCAACGGCUCCGGUUUCACCUGGAAGAUGAUGUGGGUCCAGGCCUGUUUCUGCAACCUCAGCUGCAAAAACCCCAACGACAUCUUCGCUGAGCUGGAGAAUUACUACGGUUACCCCGAAGUCAUGAACUAAAGAGGAUGCUCAGCGGUUUUGCAUUUGUAAUAUAUAUAAUAAUGGACAACAGGUUUUCUCUUUUUCCUAUUGGAAAAAUCUGUAAAUAUAAAAUAAAAGUAUGUGUUUGACAAAUA